AUGCCUUCACUCUCCGAAGCCUAUAGAGCACACCCUGUGCACGUUAACCACAAGCACCCUGAUUUCAACUCACUUCAAGAGCUACCUGAAUCUUACAAUUGGACUCACCUUGAUGAUCACUCCCUUAUCAAGGAAACUACUACUACUGUCCCCGUUAUUGAUCUCAAUGACCCUAAUGCUUCAAACCUAAUAGGACUUGCAUGCAAAACAUGGGGGGUCUAUCAAGUAAUCAACCAUGGCAUCCCCUUAAGCCUUCUUCAAGAUAUUCAAUGCCUUGGACAAACACUUUUCUCUCUUCCUUCUCACCAAAAACUCAAAGCCACUCGUUCCCCGGACGGUGUUUCGGGAUAUGGCCUCGCUCGUAUCUCUUCCUUCUUCCCCAAACUCAUGUGGUACGAGGGGUUUACUAUCGUCGGAUCCCCUCUUGACCAUUUUCGACAACUUUGGCCUCAAGAUUAUGUCAAAUACUGUGAUAUUGUCGUGCAAUAUGAUGAAACCAUGAAAAAGUUAGCAGCAAAAUUGAUGUGUCUAAUGUUGGACUCUCUUGGUAUUACAAAGGAAGAUAUCAAAUGGGCCGGGUCAAAAGCCCAAUUUGAAAAAGCUUGUGCGGCCCUCCAAUUAAACUCCUACCCUAGUUGCCCGGAUCCGGAUCACGCAAUGGGUCUCGCCCCGCACACGGACUCAACAUUUUUAACCAUCCUUUCUCAAAACGACAUAAGCGGGUUGCAGGUUCAACGCGAGGGUUCUGGGUGGGUCACAGUUCCUCCGCUCCAAGGAGGCCUGGUCGUCAACGUGGGCGACCUCUUUCAUAUUUUGUCAAACGGAAUAUACCCUAGCGUACUCCAUCGCGUUUUAGUGAACCGAACCCGUCAGAGAUUUUCAGUCGCCUAUUUAUAUGGGCCCCCUUCGAAUGUAGAGAUAUGUCCACAUGCAAAAUUAGUAGGCCCAACACAACCCCCUCUAUAUAGGUCAGUGACUUGGAAUGAAUACCUUGGCACAAAAGCAAAACAUUUCAACAAAGCACUCUCAUCAGUGAGACUUUGUACACCUAUUAAUGGUUUGUUUGAUGUAAACGAUUCUAACAAAAAUAGUGUCCAAGUGGGCUAA